UACCACUGUGAUUUCAACCCACAGUUGAAACUGUAAUGUCAACCAUAGACUGUAUAAAAUGAUUUCAACCCACAGUUGAAAAUCACAAGUGUUUAAAACACGAUAGUCAUCCGUACCGCUCGGGGUCGCCACCACUUCUUUCUUUCAGUGUUAAAGCACCGCGGGGAAUGGAGGGCGGCAUGAGUAGCUCUAGUUUGAAGCCUUCAUGAGGUGAUGCUGCAUUUGUUGCGCUGUCCUCUGCAGAGGACUCUCAUCUCUCUGCCAUGGAGGUGCCAACGCUCCCUCUGCUCCACCAAACCUCACUCUGUUCAAGGGGAGGACUCCACAGAAACCCGCAUGAACCCCCUUAACAUUCAGAUGCUUUCAAGGAACCUCCAUGAGCAGAUCUUUCAUGACCUUGAUCCAGUGUAUAGAGAGGAUGAUGUGGAGCGCAGCAUCAGGCACCUGCAGCAACACAAUCUGUGGGGGAAGGAGACGUCACUGUUACCUGAUGUGGAGCUGAAGCUCCCCAGAAUGUAUGGCAAAAAUAUUGAUGAGCACUUUCGAAUAUUGGCUGAGAAGCAGAGUCUUCCUUACCUUGAGGCGGCCACCAAACUGCACCUGGCAGGGCUCCCUACCAUGCCACAGGAAUGGAGCUGGGAGGUUGGCUGGACCCGCUAUGGGUCAAAUGGCAAGAGUCAGAGGGUAGAUUUCCCAGAGGAGUCGGCCCUGGUGUUUGACGUGGAGGUGUGCAUGACUGAGGGACGAUGUCCAACACUGGCUGUUGCUGUGUCUCCCACUAACUGGUACUCUUGGUGCAGUAAACGCCUGAUUGAAGAACGGUACUCCUGGUCAAACCAGCUUACCCUUGCUGACCUCAUCCCACUGGAGACACCUUCAAAUUCUGCACGCCCUCCAGGUGGACAGUGGAAGGAGAGGCUCAUAGUGGGUCAUAAUGUCAGCUUUGACCGGUCUUUUAUUAAAGAGCAAUACUUACUCAAGGGUUCUAAAGUACGCUUCAUGGACACUAUGAGUCUUCACAUGGCGAUCUCUGGUCUGACUGGGUUCCAGCGCACUUUGUGGAUGGCCAAUAAAAUGGGAAAAAGGAAGGGUCUCCAGGAGGUGAAGGAACACAUCAAGAAAGCUGGACAGAAAAAGCAGGGCCCUGCGAUUGGCUCCUGGGACUGGGUGAACAUUGGCAGUAUUAAUAACCUGGCUGAUGUCCAUGCUCUUUAUGUGGGAGGACCCCCACUGAAGAAAGAGGCCAGAGAGACCUUUGUGAAGGGGAGCAUGGUGGAUGUCAGAAACAACUUUCAGGAGUUGAUGCAGUACUGUGCCAUGGAUGUUGAAGCCACACAUCAAGUUUUUAUGGAACAACUACCGCUUUUCUUGGAGAGGUGCCCUCACCCUGUGACAUUUGCAGGGAUGCUGGAGAUGGGAGUGAGCUAUCUUCCUGUCAAUCAGAACUGGGGGCGUUACCUUGAAGAUUCAGAGGACACUUAUGAAGAGCUCCAAAGAGAGAUGAAAAAGUCUUUGAUGGCUCUGGCAGAUGAUGCCUGCCAGCUGCUGCAGGAUGACAGAUACAAAGAAGACCCCUGGCUUUGGGAUCUUGAGUGGGAUGUGCAGAAGUUCAAGCUGAAGAAAGCAGUAGUGAGUAAGAAGAAAAAAGUGGCUGAAACCUGGAGUUCUACUCCUCUUCCGGACUGGGAAGAAGACCCAGGUCCACCGCCUGAAGAGGAGGUGGCUGGUCCAUGUCCCAGCAGGUUGGUUGUGGAGAAGCUGAUGGAAACAGUAGAUCGACUUCCUAAGAGACGGCAACAUCUGCCUGGACACCCAGGAUGGUACCGCAAGCUGUGUGAGAAGAUGUCUGAGGACGACAGCUGGUCACCUGGAGCCGGCCUCAUCAGCCUACAGAUGAGACUGACGCCUAAGCUCAUGGGUCUGAUGUGGGAUGGUUUCCCACUGCAUUACACAGAAAAACAUGGCUGGGGCUACCUGGUACCUGGACGCAGGAAUAACCUGGUUACUGAGGAGGAAAACACAGGGCCUGUGUGCCCACACAGAGCUAUAGAGAGUGUAUACAGAGAGCAUUGUGAGCAGACCUGCAAAAAGCAGCGGCAAUAUCUGAGCUCUGAGCCUUCAGAGGACUUCAUGCUUACAGACAGCAGCGUGUGGGCAAAGGUGGAAGAGUUAAGUUCCCGGGAAAGUCUGACUGAAGAAAACGAAGUCAAGAUGAUGAAAAAUGGACAGAGAAAGAAAAUUUCCAAAGACUCACAUAGCAUUUCAGAUGGGAGUCACUGCCAUUUUCACCAUGGAAACGGCCCCUACGAUGAUGUAAAUAUCCCAGGGUGCUGGUUCUUCAAGUUGCCUCAUAAGGAUGGAAAUCACAACAACGUUGGAAGUCCUUUCUCCAAAGACUUCCUGUCCAAGAUGGAGGACGGUACUCUUAGAGCAGGACGGGGUGGUACCAAUGCUACACGGGCUCUUGAGAUCAAUAAGAUGAUUUCCUUCUGGAGAAAUGCUCAUAAGCGUAUCAGCUCUCAGAUGGUGCUGUGGCUACGAAAAGGAGAACUUCCCCGUACUGUCAGCAGACACAAAGAGUUUGAUGAGGAGGGCCAGUAUGGUGCCAUAUUACCUCAGGUCAUCACAGCGGGAACGGUAACACGGAGGGCCGUGGAGCCAACGUGGCUGACUGCGAGUAAUGCUCGGACGGAUCGGGUUGGCAGUGAGCUGAAGGCCAUGGUGCAGAUGCCUCCAGGAUAUCACCUGGUCGGAGCAGAUGUAGACUCUCAGGAGCUAUGGAUUGCUGCUGUGCUUGGAGAGGCUCACUUUGCUGGCAUGCAUGGUUGUACUGCGUUUGGAUGGAUGACCCUUCAGGGAAAGAAGAGUCAGGGCACCGACUUGCACAGCCGCACAGCAGAAACUGUGGGCAUCAGCAGAGAGCACGCCAAGGUGUUCAACUAUGGACGCAUUUAUGGAGCAGGACAACCUUUUGCUGAAAGGCUGCUAAUGCAGUUCAACCAUCGCCUGGACCAGACAGAAGCUGCCAGCAAGGCCAGGCAGAUGUAUGCCAUAACAAAGGGAACACGCAGAUACAAGCUCUCAGAGGAGGGUGAGUGGCUGGUUCGUGAGCUGGGCAUAGAGGUGGAGAGCGAGGAGAAUGGAAGUAUCACCCUGGAAGAGUUGCGGAGGAUCACUAGACUGGCAUCACAGUGCUCUCGGCGCAAGAGGUGGGAAAUGGUCGACAAACGUCUGUGGGCUGGAGGUACGGAGUCGGACAUGUUCAAUAAGCUGGAGAGCAUCGCCCAUUCUGCCCAGCCAGCCACCCCUGUUCUUGGCUGCAGAAUUAGCAGAGCGCUUGAGCCCAAAGCAGUAAAGGAUGAGUUUAUCACAAGCAGAGUGAACUGGGUGGUCCAGAGCUCUGCUGUAGACUAUCUACAUCUGAUGCUGGUGGCCAUGAAGUGGCUCUUUGAGGAGCACAACAUUGACGGCCGUUUCUGCAUCAGUAUCCAUGACGAGGUGCGGUACCUUGUCUGCAGUGAGGACCGUUACAGAGCAGCACUGGCACUUCAAAUCACAAACCUGCUUACCAGGAGUAUGUUUGCCCAUGCGUUGGACAUGCAGGACCUCCCUCAGUCAGUGGCUUUCUUCAGUUCAGUCGACAUAGACCAGUGUCUGAGGAAGGAGGUGAACAUGGACUGUGCGACCCCCUCUAACCCCACAGGUCUGGUACGAAGAUACGGCCUGCUGCAGGGUGAGGCGUUGGACAUCUACCAAAUCCUCGACAUCACCAAAGGCUCUCUGAACAAAGGGAGAUAAGCGUCAGAUAUUUGGAACAGUUCAAAGUGCCCACUGCCCGUUCAGCAGCUGCUCAAGUUCGAGACCAGAGAGGGAUGUGGAGUUGUGUUAACCAAACAGGAGCAGAGUGUCACUGUUUUCUUUUCUUCUGUUUGGGUUCUUGAGUUUCUUCGGCUUCCUGUGACUCUGUGUUCUGAAAGGGAGGAAAAGAGUACGUUCAAGGGAGUCAACUGUUUGCACCUCGAAAGGAGUCUGAGAGACACAGAGUGCACUGAAUUACCUCGUCAUUCUCAUCCUGCUCCUGCAGCGCUGCAUCCAGAGUAGCAGCGUUGAUGCGGAAGUCUCUUGAGGUGCUCAGCUUCAUGUACUGCAUCAGAUUUACCUGCACAAGCACACACAUAGACACACAUUAUGCUGUAUGAGUAACCACUCCAGUUGACAAUGUUCAGGACACCAACUGUGCUCUCAAAAUGCUUUGAGCUAUGUGUUUCUUAAAGAGGAUCACAUUGUAUAAUAUCGCUCCAAUCAAGGGUGAAUACCUUUGAUUUCUUUGAUAGUGUGAUGAGGAACUUCUCAUACUGCUCAAUGCUGAAGAUUAAGUUAGGGAUGGCCGUUGUCUCGCGCAGAAGUUUUGCCUAAUGGGAACAAUCUGGAUUAAAAAAAUGGUUCUGGUUUUGUUUAAUAUGUAAAAAUAAAAAAAAAACACAGCAUUUGGUUA